AGGACCACCUCCCUGCUCUCAGAUGCUAGCUACGCCCUUGACUAUAUUGUAAAAGCGCUAACGACUUUACAUCUUGGAGAAAGUAUUAUUAGACUAUAAAAUAGUGUCUAGUAGCUCACUGUGUCACUGUGUCGCGAUUAAUAACGUGGUGUAAUUACAGAAAAAAGAGGAUUACUGCAUGACAUAUUGAUAACGUGUGAAAGCUUAUGUGAGGUAUUUUCUAUCAAGACAAUUAAAUGAAUUUUCUGUGUGGUACGUGAUAGUUGACGAUUUUUUUAAUCACGUCUGUUACAGAAGGCAAAUUUUUAUGAAAUAGCUGAGAAAAACAGGACUCGAUAAAAGUGCUGAAUAAAACGUAGAUUUAUUGAGAUUCAAGUAGAUACUUUAUCUUCUCGUCGAAUUGUCGCAAUAGGAAACAUAGAUAUCAAAAUUUGAACUUUUAUUGACACUGUCAGUCACACGGUGUUACAACUUUUCCUCAUACAUUCGAAUCCAUGAACUGUCAAUAGAGAUUUUUAUUGAUCGAAGUGUAUUUUACUGCAUUAAGAGAAAGAAAAAUAAUUUUACUUUUCGGAGUUCAAACAUAAACAAUUUACAAGUAGUGUCUUCUGACAAAACAUAACAUCUUCGUAAGUUUCAUGUGCUAUAGUGCGCGUCUGUUUUUUUACACUGCAAACAUAUUUACUUGAACAUUUACAAUGCAACCUUUGCUAUUAUCCCCAAAAGAGUAAAAACCUUAAAAUGGGAGUUUUAAUAUUAUCCUAAAAAAAUCUAGCAUCAGAAUCCUCUCCUAAACUGCGAACUGUCAUAUUAGUGCAAACUCCACGCACGCCGUACCAAAUAUAGUUUCGACACAUCAAAUAUAUAUUAGACCAUCAAGCUUUUUAGCCGUCUUCUUUUCUUGGCUUGUAUAUUAAUUCUCAGUUUAUCAUACAUGUCUAAACAGUAAAAAUGUAACCAUCGUACCUCUUAAUACUGAAUAAAAUACUGAGAAUAAAGACGUCGAGUCUCUAAUGACCAUUCGAAUGUAUCUAAAAGGCGUCAAGACAUAAAACCGUCGAACGAUUUUACGACUUUUUGACCUGAAUCCAAAAUAUGAAAGAGCUUGUAGACGGAAUGCAGGUAUCGUUACUGGAAAUAGUAGUACUGGAGUGUGUGACACAGUGAGCUACUAGACACUAUUUUAUACUCUAAUAGCUCUAUUAGUGACUAAUAGCGGAUACUUUUAUGUUUAAGUUAAUAUAUCCAGUAUAUAUCCAAGUCAAGAAUUUAUGACUGGGUUUCAACACAACAAACUAGCUUUUAAAUGAAACUUAAGAAUUCAGAAUCAGACCCGAUGGACUUUCAAGAAAGUCGACAAGUGUAUGCUAGAGAUGUUCAGGGUAGCUGUUUACGGAGCCCUGGCCCUACCCUGUGAAAAGUUUUUGAGCCCUGACCUUACCCUAUCCUUUGUAAAUUUGAGAAUUUUUCAAUUACAAUUAUUUCUUUAGUUUUUUAAAUCAGACAUUACUUAUCUAAAAGUAAUUAGAUAAGCAGAAAAACAAGGUAUUUCGCUCGAGAAAAAUAAUGAGAGUUUGAACUAAAAAAUUUUGUAAAAAGAUGAAAAUGUUGUUGUAUUCGACUUUUGUUUCAUUUCUUACAGUAUAGUAAAACUGCGUACAGCGUUAUUUUCACUUUUAUUUGGAAUGUGCGUCUUGAAAGACGUGUACAAAAAUUUUUUUGUCGUCCGAUUAUGAACUGAAUUAUUUGGAGAUCUGAGGGUGAGGCUGUGUAGGGUAAGGGUGAGUGGGGGUGAGGGUGAGAGUGAGCACUUGAUGCUGAACGGUCGUUAUUACUCAAAUACCGGUCGCUCAAAUGUCGGGGCGCUCAAGUGUCGGUCGCUCAAAUGUCGGUCGCUCAAAUGUCGGGGUCGCUCAAGUGUCGGUCGCUCAAACGUCGGUUAAUCGUAUUUCCUUCCCUUGUUGUGGAGUCCUGCAGGUUUAACAGUUUCGAUCCCAACCACGUCACGAAUCCAAACCCGAAAGAAGGUUUUCAAGAUCUCGAUGUCCUUCCUGAGUUUUCAAAACUAAAUCCACCCCCAAUCCUGUGUCCAGUCAGAAAAUUUUUUUCCAGUAAAGUAUGACUAGGAACAGAAAAAACUAACAAGUUAAUGUUUCUUAAGACAAAUUUGUCUUCAUUAAAAUGUUUCAACACAGGAAUAUCGAUCGCUAAAAAUACUGAUCAGUGAAAACAGCUAGAUGAAAAUGAUGAACAUGAAUAAUUAACAGCCAAGAAGCAAAAACUCAAUCAAAGUGAUAGUAGUUUUAGUAACAGUGAAAAUCAACAGGCUUAAGAAAAUACAUUUUUUGUAAUAUACGUUUAGCAGGCUCAGAAACAGAUUUUUUCUUAUCCUUAUCUUGAAUAAAAUAAUGUUACUAAAAAAAUAAUGCAUCCUUCAAAGAUGGAGCCUGAUCUCGUUCGAAUAAACUCAAACCAGCCCCGAAUCCGAACCCGAAAAGAGUUUUCGGGAACCCACGAGUUCGGGAUCGGGUUAAACCCGCAAGACUCCGCCUUGGAGUAUUUACAGGAUUGUAUUCUGAUUUUUACACUAUAUGUGAGCAGUCGAUGAUCGUCGCGAUCCUUAACCAAACACACAUUCUAUUAUGCAACAGAUGAUCAACCCUGUCUGAGGUGAAAGUUUCUACAUUUAACAUAAAAAUAAUAUUUACGCUACAAUAUAGAGGUUACAUGAAUUCACUAAACACAAAUGUUGUGUAGAUGAAGGUCAAGUGCAACAGUUUGCACCCCAUGCUCAGACUUUUCUUUUGAAAGCUUCAUGAAACUUUUUCUUAUCUAUUUUCAGGUCACUAUCUGUUGGAUAUACACACAUGUCCAGAGAUCGAUGAUAAAGUAGUCAAUAAAGAACCCAAAUCACUGUAUAUAGUGGAAUUAGAAGCAACACAAAUAGCACGCGAGAAAACUUUCUUAGGGUAUCCGCAUGCUAUACCGUCAAAAUCGCAAUUUAUCAGUGCCGGAUGGUUUUAUUGUGGCAGACAUGACCGUGUAUGCUGUAUCUAUUGCGAAAAAGUAUGUCACCAAUGGACAGCUCAUGAUGAUCCAUCAGCGAUUCAUCGACUUGUAUCGCCCAAUUGUCCGUACUUUAAAUCGAACAGUAACUCUGUCGCCAAGUUAAACAUCGUCACAAUUAUCAACGAAGAAAAUCAUUCAAAUUAUUCAAUUGAUGCAACAAUAUGUAAUGAAAUAGUAGCUAAUCGAAUUGGACAAUACUCAAGUAUACCAGUCCGUGUAAAAACAUUUGAUACUUGGCCUAGUGAAUUGAAAUCAAUGACUGAAGAUCUUGUUACGGCGGGCUUUUAUUCAACUGGAAUGGGAACUAUUGUUUGUUGUUUCUAUUGCAACGGUUCAUUAUCUGGUAUGGGUCAAAAUCAUAGUCCAAUGAUUGAACACGCAAGAUGGUAUCCCAAUUGUGAUUAUGCGCGACAGUUGUGUGGUACCGAUUUAUAUGAUCGAAUUCAGCAGCUGUACGGGACUCAUCACAGAGGUAUUAAUUUUGACUUUUCUGAUCAAAUUAUUUAUCAUUUAUGUAUCUUUAGGCCAAGACCAGCAACUGAGUGUGAAUUUAGUUAG